AUGAAGCCUUGCACAACAACCUGUGAGGACUUGGGUUCUGAUUGUGAUCCCCAAGACCUAGAGAAGCUUCACAGAGUGGACCAGAAAAGGGCGGCAGCCAAUGCCAGAGAAAGGAAGAGGAUGCAGGGUUUGAAUACAGCUUUCGACCAACUGCGCAAAGUGGUUCCUCAGUGGGGUCAGGACAAGAAACUUUCAAAGUAUGAAACGUUGCAGAUGGCUCUCAGCUACAUCAUGGCCCUCAAUCGUAUUCUGAGUGAUUCGAGCACAAACAGCGACCCUCACAGGCAAUGGUUGGAACUGCAGUAUGACAGCAUGCAAACGGAGAGCUACCCCUGCAUCGUGAAAUACAACUCACCCUCUGAACACGAGUGCAUGUAUACUUCCUUAUCCUACCAUUAUGAGGAUUUCUAA